UAUUUUAACAUAAAUAAUUUAAUGGCAAAGCACAAGAAACCAUGGCAUUGUUUACCUUGGCAACCAUGGCAGAAACGACAGAGGACGGUAAAAUCGACACGGAUAAAAAACAACUUGUUGAACUUGUGGAGGACUUGAAACGCUCCAAUGCAGCGCGACAAGCAGAAAUCGAUCUGUUUGAUCGAUAUAUUAAUCGACUGGACCCACAAACUCAUUCGGAGUCUUUUGAAACAGCAUCACAGUGGAAAUGGCAACGGUACGUAUUUUAUAGACGACGUGUUCCAGGAAGGAAAACCAAAGUACGCACUCCAGAGACACAACAGCUCCUGACACUGGAACAGAAAUGGGAUGUCGCCCAAAGCGUGCAUAAACAGAUGACAGAAGAUUUGAAGAGAGCAAAAGACCAUUCAGAAAGAGAGCUGGACAAUUACAAGGCAACUCUGGAAGAAGCUGAUAUCCACUUGGCAGAGGUUAAAAAAGAAUGUUGCCAGUUUGAUCGUGACAUCUGUAAAGCACUGCGAGACAAAAAGAGUGUGACGAUGAGUGCUGAGAAGGUCAUCAGAUACAUUGAGGAUAAAGUAAGGGCCAAGGAGAACCUGAUUGAGAAGUUGUAUCAGAAGAAUGCAGCACUCCUCGCAUACAAGAAAAAGCUACAAAUCCAGUUAAAACAACAAGAGGAGAUGGGUGAAGGGCUGACAGCUUUGGACUUUGAGCAGCUCAAGUUUGGGAACAUGAAAUGUAGGAAGCGACUGGAUGAGCAAAACCUCAAACAUAUGGAACUCAAACUGCUUGCAGGGAAGACCUUGCAUGUCUUGAAUUCUGUGAAGGAGAAGCUUCAGACCUUGACACAUGAGUCAGAUGUGCUGAGCAGUGACAUUGCUUUACGAAUGAAGAUACUGGUUAAGAUUGAGGAGGAGACUAAGCAAGCAGAGGAGGAACGAAACAAAGCAGAGGCUCUGAACAGGAAGUUGAGGGGCCAGUUGGCCGAUUUUCACGUACCACAUGUCCUACAAUACAUCAAAGUUAAGGAGUCUCAUGGCCAGCUGCAGAAGAGUGUUAAAGAAUGGGAACGCAAGGUGGAGAUUGCAGAGAUGGCAUUAAAAACACACACAAAAUCCUGGGCCAAGCUUCGGAUCGCUGCUGGAGCCAGACCAGUUCCUGCACGACAUGCAGCCAUAGAUGCUGGAUUGUAUGUGUUCUGAAACAACAAGAACUACUUCUUGUCCUAAAUAACCUCAAUGCCCAAGAUGAUGUCAAAGAUACUCAUACAAUUUUGCAUCUUUUGCUAAAUUUCAUUGAAGCACAAAUGCAUCAAUAUAAACAAUAAAAAUGACACACAACAAUGCAUUAUUAAUGAAAAGGUUUAUUAGUUAGUGCUGUGUAUAUUAAAUGCUACAUACAGAUAUGUCAGCAUGAAUGUCACAUCAACCGCCACAUGAAGUUUUCUUACUAGCUCAUACACGAUCUACAAUUUGAAAAAAAGCUAAGGAGAAGUAUGUGCACUCGAAAGCGCACAUACCUGGAACAGAUUACGGGGACUAACACAGCAGGCAUGCAGGGGUGGAGAGGUCUCAAAACCAUAGAGGAAGGCCAUCAAUCUUAACGUUCCCCUGUGGUCCUGACACGUCUGCCAAGAAUAUAGAUAUUUAUAUAGAGAUUUUAAACAAUAUUAAUACAAAAAAAUAAUAUACAAAACAUGAAAACAUAAACACAACAUAGUUUUCAAAUCUGACUGCUCGCUGAUUCUUAAUGCCUACAGUUUAAAAAAGCCCCUUGGUAUUUAAAACAGUGGUAAAUAGAUACAAUAAAUGGGAAACAAAUUGGAGGCAAAGGGCUCUGCAGAGAAACUAGACGCCCCUGCUUAAGGCCAAAGUGUCACUAUCACCUCGCUGUACAGUACUAGGCGAAACCUAACUGCAAGAGGGAGACGCUCCUCAAGGGCCAAUGGUCAACAUAUAAUACUGCAUAAGCAACAGAGCUGAGAAUGUCAUUUUGCCCCAGGUAAGAUGAUGCAAAAUUGUGAUGUGGGUGGGAGGGAAACAACGCAGGCAAAUGAAGACUUGGACAGCUUGUUCUAUUCAAAAACAGUUUUGAAGACCAAUAAAAA